AGCCCCGAGUCCUCUCCAACGGGCAGGGCUCCCCUCCUCGGAGCCAGCGGGGGCUCCCGGCGAGUGCUGGCUCUGAGGAAGGCAAACAGGACUGCGACUUGUAGAGCCGAGUGUGGGAAGGGCCUGAGCCGGCCCCGCGCGUGCGAAGAGCCUCUCCGGAGGGCUGGCGGCACACCGGGGCAGGAUGUACACGCUGCUGUCCGGCCUGUACAAGUACGUGUUCCAGAAGGACGAGUACUGCAUUCUGAUCCUGGGCCUGGACAAUGCCGGGAAGACGACCUUCCUGGAGCAAUCAAAAACCCGCUUCCACAAGCACUACAAGGGUAUGAGCCUGUCCAAGAUCACCACCACCGUGGGCCUGAACAUUGGAACCGUGGAUGUGGGGAAAACUCGCCUCAUGUUCUGGGACUUAGGGGGCCAGGAGGAGCUGCAGUCGCUGUGGGACAAGUACUAUGCUGAGUGUCAUGGUGUCAUCUACGUCAUCGACUCCACCGAUGAGGGCAGGCUGCCUGAGUCCAAGCGGGCAUUUGAAAAGAUGGUCACCAGUGAGGCAUUGGAGGGUGUCCCCAUCCUGGUGCUGGCCAACAAGCAAGAUGUGGAGACCUGCCUCUCGAUUCCUGACAUCAAGACAGCCUUCAGUGACUGCACGUCCAAGAUCGGGAGACGGGACUGCCUCACCCAGGCCUGCUCAGCGCUCACAGGCGAGGGUGUGAAUGAGGGCAUCGAGUGGGUGGUGAAGUGUGUCGUCCGCAACGUCCACCGGCCACCACGGCAGAGGGACAUCACCUAGGAUACAGCCAGCAGGCUUGACCCCGGCCCACUGUGGACGCUUCCCUUGUGAUGGCAGCGUCUGCUGGUGCUGUGCCUGCUCUCCAUUGCCUCGGUGGUCUCCGCCAAGCCAGUGCCUGGAGCCCCCCUGCUGGUCCAGACCAGGGGCUCCUGUGGACCCUUGAGCCAUGGCAGCCACCCCCAACCCCCUCCACCUCGGUGUACAGUAUGGCACCUGUGACCUCUGUUCCUGACCCUGGAGGUGGGCAGGACCACAUCCACACCCAGAGCCCUGGCUUAUGACUCUGGGGGGUGGGGUGGGGGGAGCACGGUGUGAUGCGUGGAAAAGCUGGGAGCUUGGGUUGGGCGUCUUGGUACCCCCAUCCUGCCUGGCACAGCACAGAACUCUCCUCACCUAUUUGUGACCUCGGCAUGGUGUUGGGCAGGUGGGCCCCCAUGAGGCUAGGGUGACAUGGCAGCCUGCAUUCCUGGUAAGGGGUGUUCUUAAAAGUCCUCUGAGCACUCGCCUGGUAUCCAUGGGACAGCCAUAACCCCCUCCCCAGGUUCCUCCCAAGUGCAGGCCUCUCCCUCCCCUGUAGGCCUGACCUGAGAGGCUGGGCUGGCCAGGGCCCCCACCCUGGUGAAAUAAAGCUUCUGAAUAGCUCUGGGCUCCUUCCUCCCGAGGGUGGGGGGCAGAGCGGGCUCUCCACUGUUGGCACCAGGACCUUGUCCUGGGCUUGGGGCCCAGCAAAACUCCAGAGGGAGUAGGCCUCCUUGGAUGUGGCUGCACCAGAUCCAGGGUGCUGAUGCGUUGACAAAGGCCAGUAGCAAUGGGGAGCUGAACUAGGAGGCCUCUUGAACCCAGGCUUAGGCAGAAGGAGGAGCAAGUAGGGAGAUAUGCCACCUGUUCCUGGGUAUCUGGCACCCAAUCCAAGGAUUGGCCCUGGGAGACAGCCAAGCGGAAGAGGUGGCUCCGAAAACCCUGGACUGGGAAGCUAAGUCGUAAAGCUUUGCAACUUUAUAAAAAUAAACUUUACAAUACGUGCAAA